AACCCGUUUACACAACCAAUCGGAGUGGGCACUCUAUCAUGAUCAGAAUUUUGUAACAUAAAAUGCAAAACAAGUUCAAGUCUACAAUUAAAAGAACCUUUUACCGAAGGAAGCACAAAUUCAGAAGUUUGGAAUAUACAACGAACCUCUUUGGUUCCAGCCACAAAACAUACACAUUUGCAGGUUGGUCCAAAAGCGACUGUGAUUAGAAGAUAACUUUGUUACUUUAGAGUAAUAAUGUCUAACAAUUUUUCGCUAUGUAUAUUGGCAUUUUAUAUUUAAAGGACGUUGUAUCCCGGCUAAGGUCAGUAUGUAUCGAAACAAACUAUAAGCCCUUGGCUAUGAAGCCGUCGUCCCUCCGGCAAAUGGGACGUAUAAAUUGCUAUGAACGAAAUUAUAACGGUCAUCAAGAGUGACCAUCGAAGCGAUGUUCUGCGCGUCAAAAGAAGUGCAUGGUCGAGUUUAUGAUGCGCGGGAGAGGCGCGGCGAAAGAACGCCUGUGGGCAAACUUAACAAAAGGUCCUUCCGGUAUACCAGGAUCUGGUGUACCCUCUGAUUGGUCAAUUUUGACAGGUAUUGUCAACACUCGUGCGCUAAUGACACAGAUGAGAAAUGCGAUAUGGGGUGGUAAGUGUAAAAUGGGGUUGAAUGGCCAGCACGACUUCUGCCGAUCUCCUGAGAAGGUGUUAGCACGCUUCGCGGAACGAGUAUCUCCAGUCGGCGAUCUAGCGUUCGUUUGUAGUUUUGGCGUUAUAAGCAAUUUUCUUUCUACAAUCCCGGAGAAUUAUCUCUCAACACAUCAGCUGAAAACUGAAAACCACAAGCCGGCGGUCAUGUUACUGGUCCUUGUGGGCGGCCUGUAAGUGGGUGGAAGGACCUAUUGUUAAGUUUGCCCAAAGGCGUUCUUUCGCCCCAACUAACUGAACGCCUGGAAGAGGCUAGUUAACGUACCGUAUGACAAACGGUCUUACAUUUGCAUAAUUAUAAUGGCCUUGCGUACAUUUGCUAGGCAAGGUUGAUCGGUAUGGUACCCAAAGAGCAAUGUUUCCCCCAGUUAGAUUUUGAAAAAGAAGUUCAGAGGGCGAAAUUGUUCAAAGAAGACUUGGAAAAAGGUGGUUGGAAUCCAAGGUUUAAAGUCCCAGGACGUUUCGAUUCUUGGAGUAAAACUUUCCCAGAAGAAGAGGUUGCUGUUAAAGUGCUCUUCCUGUUUCAAGAUAUGCCAAUGCCAGCGGAGAAGUUCGCCAAAAUGAUGCAUCCCUCGAAUAUGGAGAUACGCACAAGGUGGGACGAUGCUUUCCAAGGCAUUGAAAUCUUGGAGACUGGUCCUGAUGGCUCUCUUAUAGUAUCCACACGAAUUGCAUUAUCUUGCCCGCUAACCGACCGUGAAAUGGUUUUGUUCGCAUCAACAACCAGAGAGAUCGAUUGGUACGGAAAGAAGUCGUUCGCCAUGUUUGUGAAAAACGCCAGUCACCCUUCCAAGCCGGUCGGCGGGCAUGGUCUUGUAAGAGCGACGAAUGGCGGAAAUUUCUACAUCGUGUCUCCUGACGAAAAGGAACCAGAAACCAAGUGCCAAGUCUUCGGAUUAACGAAUAAUAAUUACAACGGGUGGCUGCCUAAUGCACGUAUGGAGUGGCUGGUCGGCAGGAACGCUCCUAAGGUUUUUCACAAGCUACAAAAUAACGCCAUUGAGGGUUACAUCAAGUACUUUAAGAAUAAGGAGGUUAAUUCAGCAGAUCACAAUCAGUCAGUAUAGACUGAACUUGAAACUUAAACCUUCCAAUAAUUGCAAAUUGUGCUUAGGAUAAACUUCUAUUUUCGCAAGGCACAAUACUAACUAAUUGUCUCUAAAUGCUCCGAAAGGUUUUCUUUCCACUGGAGCAUAAAAACAGCAAAGGGAAUGUGUAACUCUUUCGCGUUUCAAGUUUUUAAAAUAAUUUGUUUUAGAAAAUUCAGAUAAAGUAGAAGNC